AUGGUAUCACCAAAUACGGAUGAAGAUAUUCAUAAUCGAUUGAUUAACCAACAAAAUCAAAAUUCAUAUGAUUCGAUACCAUCUCACGUUCUUUCUUCUCAACAACAGCAAGGUCGAAUCCCUACACCUACAGGACCAACAAAAUUCAAUAUGACUUUUACAUUUUCUUUAUUCGCGAGUGCUGGUUCGUUACUUUUUGCUGGAACUGUCUGGUAUGUAAUGGCCAAUGCCGACUACCUCUUUUUCAUUUGGCAUCCUGUUUUAAUGGCAACGGUACUUCUUUUUACAACAAACGGAAUCCUCGUUCUUCAAACAGCUACAAAAAAAGAAGAAAGAGAAGCUGGACUCAAUUGGCAUAAGUUGAUUCAAAGUGUUACUUUUUUGAGUAUUAUUGGAGGUUUUUCAAUCGUUUAUUCUUUUAAGAAUAGUAAUAAUAAAGAACAUUUCACCAGCCCACAUGGAAAAUCUGGACUGAUUACAUUUAUAUUAUUGUUGGUUCAAACAAUGGCUGGUUCGAUUUUUGUUAAUUUUCCAGGUUUGGUAGGAGGAUUAGUUAAAGCUAAAGGAAUGUAUAAGUACCAUAGAUUUUCUGGUUAUGUGGUAUUACUUUUCGUUUACCUUACAGCUUUAGGUGGUACACAAUCUGAUUGGGUUAAAAAUCAAUUUGAUCACAUUUGGGUUUGGUUAUUGGCUACAAGUUUGGUAUUAAUAGGAGUUGUAGGCAGAACUAAAGGAAGUAAAUUGAAAGUUUGGUAA